UCGGCGGCGGGUAGGAGCGGGAUCAGUCAGCACCGAGGCCCGGCCUGAGGAGCGGCCUCCGGCUGCCCUCGGGGACACACCACCUUGGGACGGGGCCGGUCCUUCCCCCUCUCCCUCCGCACCUGGGCCCCGGGGAAUUUCCCGCCCGUGGGUAAACAUGCGGCCAUGGGCAACACACCGGCGAUUUCCUGCCGAGCAGAAAGUAGAUACAAGGAACCGCAGGUGCUGCUGAACAAAGAUGGACACAAACUGCUGGGGUAAUGCAGCCGGCCAGCAGAAGGGUCCCGACCCGAAACAUCACCCAUCCCCAGAGAUGCUGCCUGACCUGCUGCGAUAAUCCAGCACUUUGCGUCUUGUUAAAAGGACUCAUCGUCUACCCGUAAACGUCAUCUAGGUGUGGAUCACCAGUGACUAAUAUUGUCCAUCUUUUAACAGGGUAGAACAAGCAGAUGAUUUGAGCACAGGAUCCUCAAACUCAACCCAUCAGAUCUGCAGUGCCGACAGUUAACCAGGACCUGAAUGUGUGGGAGGGAUUCACUGUGUCAGCCCAUGAGUUCACUGCAUGGAGAAUUUAUCCACCAAUGUGGGCAAGGAUUCACUUGAUCUUCCCACCUAGAGGGCCACCAGAAAGUUAACGUAAUGGAGAAACAAUUUGCAUGUCCUGAUUGUGGGAAGGGAUUCACUCAAGCAUGCAGCCUGAAGAGACACCAGAAAAUUCACACCGGGGAGAGGCCAUUCACCUGUUCUGAGUGUGGGAAGGGAUUUGCUCGUUUGUCCAACAUGAUAACGCAUCAGCGAGUUCACACUGGGGAGAGGCCGUUCACCUGCGCUGUGUGUGGGCAAGGAUUCACCCAGUCUUCCCACCUUGUUACACAUCAACGGGUUCACUCUCUGGAGAAACCAUUUGCCUGUUUAGAUUGUGGGAAGGGAUUCUCUCGAGCAUGCCAGCUGAAGAGGCAUCAGCUAAUUCACACUGGGGAGAGGCCGUUCACCUGCUCUGAGUGUGGGAAGGGAUUCAUUCAACCAUCUGAGCUACUGAGACACCAGCGAGUUCACACUGGGGAGAGGCCAUUCACCUGUUCUGAGUGUGGGAAAGAAUUCACUCGGUUGUCGAACAUGAUAACACAUCAGCAAAUUCACUCUGGGGAGAGGCCGUUCUCCUGCUCUGAAUGUGGGAAGGAAUUCACUCAGUUGUCCAACAUGAUAACACAUCAGCAAAUUCACUCUGGGGAGAGGCCGUUCUCCUGCUCUGAGUGUGGGAAGGAAUUCACCCAAUUGUCCAACAUGAUAAGACAUCAACGUGUUCAUAAUGGGGAGAAGCCGUUCACGUGUUCUGAGUGCGGGAAGGAAUUCACUCAGUUAGCCAACAUGAUAACACACCAGCGAGUUCACACUGGGGAGAGGCCAUUCACCUGCUCUGUGUGUGGGCAAGGAUUCACUCAAUCUUCCCACCUGGUGACACACCAACAGGUUCAUACUCUGGAGAAACCAUUUGCUUGUCCUGAUUGUGGGAAGGGAUUCACACGAGCAUGCAACCUGAAGAGGCACCAGCAGAUUCAUAGUGGAGAGAGGCCGUUCACGUGUUAUGAGUGCGGGAAGGGAUUCAUUCAAUCAUCUGAGCUGCUGACACACCAGCGAGUUCACACUGGGGAGAGGCCGUUCACUUGCACUGAGUGUGGGCAGAGAUUUACCAAGUUCUCCAGCAUGAUAACACAUCAGAGAAUUCACACCGGGGAGAGGCCGAUCAUUUGCUCUCAGUGUGGGAAGGGUUUCACACAAUUUUCCCAACUGAUGACCCACCAGCGAGUUCACGCUGUGGAAAAAUCAUUUGCCUCUCCCAACUCUGGGUAGGAUUUCACUGGUAAAUCUAAUCAGGUGACCCACCAGAGAAUUCAAUCUGGGCAUUCUCCUGUUUAGUGUGUGGGAAGGGAUUCACUUGAUUAUCUGAGUGAACACACCUGUGCAUUCACACUGUGGGGGAAAGUUUAAAUAGGUUUUUGGUUUGGUGUUGAACUGUCACAAUUGCUGAAUCCUGUUGCAAGUCCCACAAGUGACUGCUGCUGUUGGAUUCUGCGGUUACUGCUGGUGUUCAUCACAUCCAGGAAUGAACACGGGGCACAGUUGGGGCUUGUAGGCUGCUGUUCGUAAGUUUUAUAACUGGGUUGGAGUUUAAUAUUUUGGGUCUGUGAGAAUAAAUGUGAUCUGUUGUAAACACGGUGUCUCUGCGUGGAAUGUACAUAGAAAUACCAUUCGGCCCAUCUGGUGUCUUGUCAGUAUUUAUCCUCCGAUCACUCCGUUGGAAUAUUCUUGUAUUUUUUUCCUUUGUUUACUGAAUAUCCUAUUAAAUGCAUGCCUGUUA